ACUGCUCCGACGAUGUGACAGUACCGUGGACAAUCUAUUCUCGUAGUUCCAAGGGUGGCCACCACGCCUGGGCAGGCGGCGCUGAGCUUUGCCUUCGAACCCCUAUUGGCAAUUGCAUCCGGACCAUGGGGGGACAUUAAAUUCAAAAUACUGACAGCACGUCGAUUUGAAGUAGUUGUGUCGUUGUCGAAAGCCACGGAGGCGUGUCGGCUGGUCACGGUUCGCUGGAGACACGUUUCAUUCAAGUUUUGUGAACAUGGGGAAGAAAUCUCACAGCAACGAUGCACGGGGUAAACAAAGUAAUUUUUCAAAGAAUGGACUGCAGACGACAGGAGUUAAGAAGCUGCCCCCUCAUAAAAGAAACGAAUUAAAUCAACUUCUGGAUAAAAUUUUAAAAGUUAGUAGCAGUGUACCUGAAUCUGCUAACAUAUCCAAGGAAUGGGAGGCAUACCAGGAGAUCCAGAAGGUGCUCAGCAAAGUGAAGCUGAUAGAAGCAGAUCUGCAACAGUCACUUCCAUCAAGGGCUUCAGCUGUAGAGGAAUUUUUAUCUUGGUUACGAAAUAACAAUGUUGAAUUUGACGGACUAAAGAUUGCUGAAUAUCCUGGUUUAGAUUUUGGUAUUGAAGCAGAAAAAGAUUUUAAAGAAGGAGACAUGAUGAUCGCUGUUCCUCGCUCUGUAAUGCUUACUGUUGAAAAUGUGCACCAGUCUCCCUUCAGGGAACUAGCGACAAAGGAUCCUUUAAUAGUUCAUAUGCCCAAUGUUGCAUUAGCAUUGCUUGUGUUACUUCAGAGGCGUGAACCGCUCUCAUUUUGGAAACCAUACAUCAACAUGCUGCCGCAGAGAUACACUACUGUGUUGUAUUUUAGUCCUGAUGAAAUAGUCCAACUGAAAGGUUCUCCAGCCUUCGAAAUGGCUUUGAGACAAUGCAGAUCCAUAGCAAGACAGUAUGCAUAUUUCAGCAAACUAUUUCAGAACGCAAAUGAUGAAGCAAGUUCCAUCCUCCGAGAAGUCUUCACAUAUGAGGAGUAUUGCUGGGCGGUGUCCACCGUGAUGACGAGGCAGAACACGGUGGUGACGGCGGACGGGUCCGGAACGACGCAGGCCCUCAUCCCGCUGUGGGACAUGUGCAACCACACGGACGGCAAGCUGUCCACGGACUUCAACGUGUCGCUGGACCGCUCCGAGUGCGUGGCGUGGCGGCCCGUGGCCAAGGGCAAGCAGGUCUUCAUCUUCUACGGCGACCGGCCCAACUGCGAGCUGCUGAUCCACAACGGCUUCGUGCACCCGGGCUCGGCGUGCGACGCGGUGCGCCUGCGCCUCGGCGUGGCCAAGGCGGACCCCCUGCACGCCGAGAAGGCCGCGCUGCUGCACCGCCUCCGCCUGCCCGCCGCCGGGGACUGGGAGGUGGUGGCCGGGCCCCAGCCCGUGCUGCCCAGCCUCAAGGCCUUCGUCAGGGUCUUCAGCAUGGACAAGGCCCAGCUGGACCACUGGACGGCCAGCCCCAGCGUCGAGUCCCUGCAGGAGGACACCUGCGCCCUGGACAAGGCCCUGGAGAAGCGCGCCUGGACGUUCCUGGCCAUGCGGAUCAAGCUGCUGCUGGCCGCCUACCCGACCAGCAAGGAGGACGACGAGGCCCUGCUCGGCGACGCGGGCGACGCCGUCGGCAAGAUGAGCCCCUGCACGCGCCUGGCGGUGUCGCUGCGCCUGGAGGAGAAGCGACUGCUAGUGAACGCCCUCGCCUUCUGCGACGAGCGCCUCGCUCGCCUGGAGGCGUGAACCUUCGCGCCUCACCGCCCUCCGCGCUCCGCCCUCGCUUUCGUGUUUCGACCGUGAUGUUUCACGGGCCGAAUAACUUAACUCGCACUGAUGAGUCGACGUGAAGUAAAUUCCACUAUUUUUCUGGUGUAAAUCGAUGAAGUAAGGAUUGAAGGGACCCCAAGAGGACUGUCGUGUAACGCAAAUUAUAUAUUUCGGAUGCUUCUGACUUAAUGUUUGUUCGUUUGUUUGUUUUUAUUUUCAAAUAAAUGUUUUUUGUGUUAAA